AUGCACACCAUACCUGUUGCGCUGUUGAUCAGCCUCGUCCUCGGUGCGCCUCUUACUCUGCCUGAUGCAGACAUAGGAAAUGCAACGUCAAAUAUCACGCAUGAUACAGGCAGAGUGACCGACCUCGCUGCUCCUGACGUACGCAAUGUUACCACAUAUACCGGCCCUAUUGGUGGUGACGCCGCCACCCUCAAAGUUCGUGAUUCAGGUAAUGCAACCACCUACGACACUUCCUUCGAUGACCUCAAACCUGGCGCACUGCCGAUUGCCGGCACUGAAGGUGAAAUUGGGCCUUACAACGGUCUCGAGUUCAAGUCUAUUGGUGUUAUUGACAACGGCGUUGGAGGCACAGUCGUUGCUGGGGUACGAUCCAGCUCUCCACCUAAUGUCGCCGUAUACUCCAGCCUCAAUGCCGGCACCAUCAAUGGCGAAGGGACUAAUCCUCGCAUCACGACACAAUACAUUGGCUCUGUGGGGGACACUUUUGACUUCAAAUCCUUCUACUAUGGUUGUGUUUCCAAUCUUCAAGAGAGUGUGGGGACUGUUCCUACGGCCUGCAAAGUGACAGUCACGGGCUACAAGGCAACUAAGCCAGUCGCCAGACAGGAAUUCAGGUUCGGCCCGCCCCUUUUGUCGGUCGUUGCUGGUAUGGAGUCAGGCGUGUUACAGGGAUUCAACGGCAUUGACACGGCGGUAUUCGAGACGGAUACCGAUAAUACUCUGUUGAUGAGUAGUGGUGGUCUGGCUGUUGCUACUUUGCUCGAUAAUUUGGUCUAUACGACAUAUAACGCUGAUCAGCCAGUUGUGGUUCCUGUCUGA